AUGAGUAUCCGGUCGAUGGAUAGUCGUUUGGAAGUUUUGCGAAAUGGACAAGAUAUUGCCAAGAAAAGUCUGUUGUACAACGCUGGCUGUACACAACAACAACAGCAGCAGUUACCCAGUGUUGAUGUUGAUAAUGAAUCUAACAAAUCGGAUUCAUGGGUGGAAUUGGCUAGUCCAUCAUCACGUGCAUCAAUGGUCAGUAUAAAUGGCGGUGACAAUGGUAGUGUGAUAUUGGUGGAUAAUGACGGAGUGGUUAUGAGCGCUGAUAAUACGACUGUGGUUGUUGGUGGAGGUAAUAGUAGUCCUUUCAGUCGACUCAGUCCGAUCAGUGCCUGCAGUGCUCCAAUUGAAUUGGUUAUCGAUGCUGGACAAGUUCAUGGCGGUGAUACAAUGGCUGUUCAUUAUUAUACUCGUCAUGGACCAGGACGUUGCACUGUUGCAACUACUGGAAUCACUGCACUGGGUCAAGGAACGAAGAGAACAGCGGAAUGGUUAGAAGAUUACAAUAGUCGACCGGAAGUGCAGAGAAGUGGUCCUCAAGCUCCAUCACCUGUGGAAACUGAAAUCUCGACGCCGCCAAAUAGUCUUGUCCCUGGAUUAGACGUUGGCGAGCUCACUCAGAGCAGCUGUUGUGAAGAUGAGGUUGAGGAAUUAAGCGUCGAGGAUGAUGGUGCAUACAUGUGCAGAUGCCGAAAGGUCGUAUAUAUUGGACAAGAAUCUUAUGGAAAAGGACGCUGGGCCUUUACUGAAUUGCUGGGUAUAAGUAAUGGUAAUGGACGUCGUGCAUUGAUGCUUUAUCUGGUAACAAAUUUAGUUACCCUUGCGAUUGGGUUUGCCGUUGGAUUGACAGUUGGUCGAAAGUUAUCGGUGCUGCCACAUUUAAGACAUCGCCACAUAUUUGAUUUUAACUAAAAAUUCGUAUACAUGUUGUAUUCACAUUUCUUCUACUCAUUAUGAUGCACUUUUUUUAUAAUUUACACUGUUUCGGAAGUUCCG